AUGAAAUUAAAAUACCGUUCAGCAAAGUACCUACCUACUGCAUUACAAGCUAAUGAUUAUUACAAUGAAAUUAAAAUACGGUUCAGCAAGGUACCUACUGCAUUAGGAGCUAAUGAUUAUUACAAUGAAAUUAAAAUACCGUUCAGCAAGGUACCUACUGCAUUACCAGCUAAUGAGUAUUACAAUGAAAUUAAAAUACCGUUCAGCAAAGUACCUACCGCAUUACAAGCUAAUGAUUAUUACAAUGAAAUUAAAAACCCACUAAAAUCAAAAAAAGUGGGGCCAAGUUGGGUAUAA